UAACUGCGAUAAGAACUUUAAGCAACCAUGUUUUUCAAAACAAGCCAUGCAAUUUAAACUGAUACGUUUGUACAUGAAGUAGGUUUCUUCUUAUUCUUUGAAAGAAAGGAAAAAUUAAAUUAAAUUUUCUCAUAUAACUGAAAAACAAAGUCUCGCUAAUCAUUAUUAGUUUUGAUAGCUUUCACGCUGAAACUUAGGUCAAUAUUGAUGUUGUGGAUUUGCAAAUUUUGUGUACAUCGUUUUGCUUGGUUUUUUGACUUUUGCAUUAGUAAUGGAGUUUACGCUGCUGCUAAUAGUUAUAAAUUUUCUAUUAUUCAAUUGUCAAUUGCCGCCAACAUUAUAUCGUUAUGGAGAUUUUUAUCCUAAAAAAGGAAAUAAUGAUGCACAAAAUACCGAGAUUUUAAUUAGUGGAGGGAUACGUGAUGUCAUUAAGAGAAACUCACCACGUUUUCGGAAGAUUCUAGUUAGGAACUCGGAAUCAAAUAUUGAUUUUCAAACUGAGGAUUCUCGUCUAAUGACAUCGCGAGCAAAACAAAAAAUUGAUACGCUUGCAGGUUUGGUUACAACACGAUUUGGAAAAAAUAUGAAAGUGAAUGUACUUAAAGCAUGGACAGAUGUGGUCGAAAAAGAAGACAAACUAUCAUUGCACUAUGAAGGUCGAGCAUUUCUGAUUCGUGCUUCAAAUAAUGACAAGAAAUUGCUUAGCGAUCUUAUGGUUUUAGCACGUGAAGCCGGAUUCGAUUGGGUUUAUUAUAAAAAUGAGGAUUCUAUCUACCUGAGUGUGAUCCCUGAUGAAAUAAAAUGUCGAAUCGAAACAUUCAUAAAAGUAAAGUCUGGAAUUAUCUUUUGAAAAACAAUGACUCUACAAUAACAACGUGUAAAUAUAAAUAUACUUUAACAAACGAAAUUUGCAACAAAAAGCUAGAAUGCAAUAAAAAUACAGCUCAAUGGCAAAUCAUUUGUAUAGUAACCAUCGGAAUAAUAUUAAAGAGUCUAAGCUUCGAAGUACAACAACUGGUCGUGAGUAGUAGGAAAAGGAAAGUUGAUAGAACAUUUUUAUUUUCAACCAAAUUUUCAACCAUAAAUUAAUAUUA